AUGCUGAAUUCCUUUUGGGGUAAAUUUGCUCAAAAAGAAAACCAAAACAAAACCUCAAUAGUCAGAGACUGUGGUGAAUUCUUUGAUAUGCUGACUAAUCCUUCUAUUCAUGUAAAUACAGUUCUCCCGGUAAACGAAGAAACCCUUCUCAUAACUUGGGAAUUUAGAGAAGAGGCCUAUGACGUUUCUUCAACGGUUAACGUUGUAUUGGCUUCAUAUGUCACGGCCCUAGCUAGACUAAAAUUAUAUUCAUUCUUGGAGAAAGUGGAAGAAAGGGCAGUUUACGUAGAUACAGAUUCAUGUAUUUAUAUCUCUCGUAAGGGAUUAGACGACAUAUCUACAGGCGACUUCAUAGGUGAUAUGACCGAUGAGCUCAAUGGGGGUUUCAUAUCAGAGUUUGUUUCUGGAGGACCUAAGAACUACGCCUACAAAUAUACUACUUUGUCUGGAGAGGAACAGAUCGUAUGUAAAGUAAAAGGCAUAUCACUCAACUACAAGGCAUCCCAAGUAGUCAAUUUUGAGAAAAAAAGACAUGGUGCUGAAGAAAUCUGA